AUGGCGGUAGCCAUAAACAAGAAUCUACUGGCAGACAAGCUGGGCUCAAGGAAUUUAGGAACUAUUGUGAAUUGGAGCUUGACAUAUUUUGUAACAAACGUAAAUGAAAGAGAUGAUUACGUAACUGUGAAGAAAACAACAUCUGUUGACAAACUAGAGUGUAGCCCGGGCACCCAUGGGACCAACUGCUCCCUGAGCUGCGAGUGCCUCCACGGAGAAAUUUGCCACCACGCGGAUGGCACGUGCUUCUGCACGGGACGUCACAGGGGGCGCCUCUGCGACCAGCUGGCCCCAAAGGUGCUGCAUUCGGAGGAAAGUGAAGUGAAACUGGGGGAGAGCACCCUGGUGUCCUGCACCGUGGAGGCCUCACCAGCGCCGGUGGUUCAGCUGUAUUACCAGGAAAGCGGAAAGACCCUCAGCAAGGUGUCGGUAGAAGCUCUCGGCGGCGACCUCUACAAGGCAACUGCCCCCCUCUCGGACACGCUCAAGGACGGAAUGCAGACCUUCCGUUGCAGAGCUCGCAACGAGUACGGUUUCGACGUUGGGACCGUGCAGGUUGACGUCGUGGGUAUGAAACGAGACUGUUCAUCUGAGCGAGUUUACGAAAGGCGAGAAUGUCUGAGGACAUGCUCAAAUGGCCACACUCGCAAGGUGGCAUCCCGUAGUUUUAAAUUGCAAAUUCAUAAAUGUAUGGGUGCAUCUGCGUGUAGAAUCAAGUAA